GCUGUUGGUAGCUUGACCUGGUACAGGAAGCUUCAUUUAGCACACUUUUCACAAAUAAAAUCCUCAAAAGAGUCACUCAUAUGAAUCAGGACAGACAUAGGUGUGGACCACGUGGACAUUUCAAUGAGGAUAAAGCGUGUAUCAGUGAUCAUCAGUGUGGUCGUUUCAUGUUUACUACCACGGGAUUCGUACGAUCAUGCGGAACUACGUUCACACUGAAGAAUGUAGCCGGGUGACGCAGGGCAAAGAUGGCACAGCUCAACAAAGGCAGAGCGAUAUUAACACAAAUCGCUGUGUGCAGCAAUCAAAUUGGCAAUAUGCUGGCAAUUAGAAGAAUUCUAAUUACACAAGCUCUGCUACGAGGAGCUGGAUGUUAUUAAUACGUGGUUACACAGUACUUCCAGUCACAAAUAACUCAUUCUGGUGUCCUAAGGUGAGCCUGCUGGAACGUGUUUUUAUAUAUUACCAACAAGGUGCUGCGCAGCUAGCUUUAUCGCCGAAAAUCAGUACAAGCUACAUAGGAACUACGGUAUUGUUCAACCUCUGGCGGUGACUGUUUCGCACUGCACCAGCGAUGUAACGUAAUGAAUUACUGGAGCAGUUUAGGGACAUUUUGGGAACGUCAUUGACCACCGAGUGAUUUCAUGUGACACACUUAGUUUAGUGGAAGUGAUCAAGAGCUAAUAUCCAAUUGGGAAGUAGUUGUGUGGAUAAUGUCGAUCAUUGAGUUACGGAAAUGGCCAACUGGUUUUAGAGAUGCAUCUUGUUUAGCCGUGAUGAAUUUCGUGUCAUCCGUGAUUGACUGCUAAAUUUGAGAAUGAAUACAAAAGCAGACAAAAUACUACACGGAUGUAGACGAUACUAGAUGGCACCAUACAAUGUGUAAUACAACAUUCAUAUAUUACAAGAAUGUAGACCUUUAAGGUCCAUACAUAUUUGCACUAAAUCAUUGCAAAAACUGUUUUAAAAGAUGUUUUUGGUUCCAAUCUCUUUUAACAAUGUUUUCCAGACUUAAUUUCCAUGAGCAUACCAUGAUCCAUUGCCGGAGUAACACAAGCAAUACAAGAUCGUUAAGGACAAUCCUCGAAGGACUGAACUGCAGAGAUUCGUUUAACAUGGAACAGAAUGAGGUUACCAGCAGUAUCAUGGAAUACGUGUUUUGAGAACUACGCAAAAAUGGAAUACAUGUUUUAUGAACUGUCUACCUUAAAAUGAAUUCGGCUUAUAUUCGUGUGUUGGCCAUCUUGGCUGUGAGUAUACGCAUUGUGACAUCAUCAAUAAUAAAGCAGGAAACGCGAAAGGAUGGGGAUAUCAUUCUAGGAGCCUUGUUUCCCGUCCACUACCAACCUCCUAAGAAAUCCGUGUACUCGCGAACUUGCGGCCGUAUCAGGGAAUACUACGGCAUUCAGCGUAUCGAGGCCUUCCUUCUGACCCUGGACAAGAUCAACAAUGAUUCAAACAUCCUGCCCGGCAUCAGCCUGGGCUGGGACAUCCGGGAUUCGUGCUGGUACUCGCCGGUCGCCUUGGAGCAGAGUAUAGACUUCAUAAAGGAUGCCAUCGCCAGCAAGACGGACGAGAAGUUCAACUCCACAUCCAGGGAGAACUGCACCUCCAGACGGUUCAAGCCCAUAGCCGGCUUGAUAGGACCCGGGUCUAGUGCGUCGACGAUCCAGGUUCAAAACCUGCUGCAGAUCUUCAACAUCCCGCAGAUCGGCUACUCGGCCACCAGCAUGGACCUGAGCGACAAGGACCACUACAAGUACUUCCUGCGCGUGGUGCCCCCAGACAAGUACCAGGCCCGGGCGCUCGUCGACCUCGUGCUCAGGCAGCAGUGGACCUACAUCUCAACGGUCCACAGCAACGGUAACUAUGGAGUGCGAGGCAUGGAGGAGUUUGAAGACAUAGCAAAGCGAAGUAACAUCUGUAUAGCUACGACUGAGAACAUAGCCAGUUCCAGUGAUUCGGAGGCGUUCGACAAGAUCGUGGAGAACCUGCUGACGACACCUAACGCCACCGUGAUCGUGUGUUUCUGUGAGGGCAUCACCGUCAAAAAACUGUUCCAGGCCAUCCAGAGGAAGUCGGCAGUCGGCAAGUUCCUGGUCAUUGGCAGUGAUGGUUGGGGUAACCGGAAAGACGUUGUUCACGGCGUUGAGAAGGCUGCAGCCGGGGCCUUGUCCAUCAAGUUUUACUCGCCUCCGCUGAAACAGUUCAACGAUUACUAUUCAACUCUGAGACACGACAACAAUUCGCGGAACCCGUGGUUCACGGAGUUCUGGCAGGAGAAAUUCAACUGCUCCCUAGAAGAAGAUGACCAAAACAAACGAUGCACUGGCAAUGAAUCUCUUGCUAACCCCGAGCAGGACUCUAAACUCGGCUUUGUGAUGAACGCCGUGUACACGAUGGCGCAUGCGCUGCACAACAUGCACAGAGACGUGUGUGGCAAGGUACAUGGACUGUGCGACAAGAUAACGCCCAUCAACGGCACGCUCUACCUGCAGUACCUCCUCAACGUCAGUUUCGACAGCUACAGCGGAGACAGCGUCCACUUCGACGAGAACGGAGACCCGCCGGGACGGUACGAAAUUCUCAACUACCAGCCCGUGCACGACCCGGAUGGAAAUGUGACGUAUCGAUAUGUCACUGUUGGAACUUGGAAGACAGGAACUCUGGAAGUAAACUCCAGUAUCAUACGGUGGCCGAACGGACAAAGUGACACCCCGGAGUCUAUCUGUAGUAAACCAUGCCCCAAGGGAUUCGUUAAGCAAGUGAAAGGCGUGGUGUGUUGCUGGGUGUGCACACCGUGUAAGGAGAACGCCAUCGUCAUCAACAACUCGACGUGCGAGGCUUGUCCGCUCGGCUACCGACCCAACGACGAGCUCGACAGUUGUGAACAGAUCCCAGUCGAGUCGAUCACGUGGGACAGCACGGAAGCGAUCGUUGCCAUGACAGUGGCGUGUGUUGGCAUGUUCUUCACGUUCUGGAUUCUGAUCGUGUUUAUCCGUCACAACGACACGCCUGUUGUGAAGGCGUCCACCAGGGAACUCAGUUACAUCAUCCUACUGGGAAUCACCACCGCGUAUUGCUGCAACUUCGUCAUGGUGGCCAAACCCUGCAUCGUCACGUGCUACCUGUCACGAAUACUGCCCGGAUUGUCCUUCUCGUUGAUGUACGGGGCACUAGUCACAAGGACCAAUCGGAUAGCUCGUAUUCUAGAAGGAAGUAAGAGGAUCAUGACAAAGAAACCCAGAUUUAUGAGCGCUUCCGCGCAGGUUGUUAUAACGGGGAUUAUCAUUGGUGUUGAGUGUGCGGUCAUCACUGCCAUGUUGAUUAUAGAGCCUGCUGAUUGGAAGUUUGAUUAUCCAACGACGAAACGCGUUAGAUUGGUGUGUAACACAACGACUCUUGGAGUGAUAGUACCGCUGGGCUUUGAUCUGUUCCUCAUCUUCAUGUGUACACUUUACGCGGUGAAAACGCGAAAUUUGCCGGAGAACUUCAACGAAGCCAAAUUCAUUGGAUUUACAAUGUAUACCACCUGUAUAAUAUGGCUGGGAUUUUUCCCUAUUUACUUUGGCGGAGAAAGCAAAGUGCUGACAAUGUCUAUUUCCAUUUCUCUAAGUGCUUCAGUUUCAUUAGUGUUGUUAUUCUUGCCUAAAAUCUACAUCAUCAUAUGGGCGCCAGAGAAGAACACUAGAGGUGCUUUCACUACAUCCAAAGAAGUUCGCUGUCAUAUCGGGUCCAGAACGAUGACGUCAGACAGCUUUGAGCAAACAGAUGGAAAGUAUGAUGGUUUUCUCAAGUCUAACAACUGGCGUGACCGGUGGAAGCAGAAGUCACUGGACGAGAAGCGCCUGCGUAACACGGGUUCGAGAUUCAGUCUACAACAUGGCGCCUCGCCGUUCACUCACAGACACAUGUUCCACCAGAGACCGAGCACAGUGGCGGAGCAGUCGGGGAGAGGGGCCCUGAGCCAGUCGUUUAGAAGCAUACGUCAAGAGACGGAGGAAGAAGAGUUGUGUGAAAAUCUUACUAGCUUCCCCGAAGAGACGUCGUCGUUGAUGGGCGACGAUACAACUUUCAUUCCAUCUCGUCUGACGUGUGACUCCGAGUGUCAGACAGACGACUUCCUUCUCAACGACAUCUGUCAGGGACUCAGACGCAGACGGAUCGGCCUGCCCUCGCAGAGGAACGUGGAGGAAGACCACCACCAGUUUGACGGUGCUAACACGAACCCCUCACAUGCACAGCUCAGCAACUCGGUUUCUAGUGUGUCACCGAGGACCUCGCUAGCCAGUGUGAGUGGCGCACACAACACACUUCCUCUGUUACAUAUAGAAUGUGAUCAGUAUAUAAAUUACAAUUCAGAUGUUUUUAAAAACCCGAAUUCAAAUCGUCGAAGCAGCGACCUGUCUGAACUUUGCUUCAUUGACGAUAUGAAAGCUUUUGAAAACGAAACGAGGACUAAUCUACCACAGAUGUUUAGUAGAAAGAGAGGCAAACUGCCCCAAGAAGUGUCACCUCUCCGAAAACAUUCUUGUUCUAUCCUGCCUACACCGACUCUGUCUAGUCCCCUAGAGAGCACCACGUCGGGUAGUAAUAAAUACUUUAGCUACACCUCAUUGCAACCGUGUGGACUGUCUGAAUCGAGAAGUGCUUCCAGCAUUAACACGAUGAGCUCGAACCAGGGUUCGGCAAAGUCUGCAGAAGAGCUGUCGGUAUUUUCCUUGUCUGCUCUGGAGGACGAGGAGAAGGGUGUUCUAGAUUUCCAGACCUAUCUCAAAAACAGAGGCCUAGAACUCGAUAUGUCGUCAGUGCAAACUAGUGAUCUCUGAAACAGUGGAUGCUGACUGUCGUUUGUGUUAAACAACAAUAAUAAUCACUUGUUGAGUGAAUAUGUCAAAUGUUGUUUAUAUAUACUCGUCAAGAACAGUAGGGGAAUUUAACAUGCAAAUAUCAUUACCAAUAACUGGAACAGAGAUCAGCUUUCAAAAAUGAAUGCCUAGGAAACAACGUUCAUGGUUGCCCAACCUAACACCCAAACACAACCCACAGUAUCGUGGGAAUAUUGCCCAUUAUUGAUCAAAAGAUGUGAACAUUCAAUUUUCACGUCAUUCCUAUCUUGUUUCAAGGUCGUUUGCAGCCAUACAAUGUGCUGCGAACAUGGAGUGUUAUUGUAAUUUUUUCCCAAUGCCUUCAUAUUUAUCAUGCAUCUAUUCCUAGACAGUGAUACCUCUUAAUACUUCUUUAAUUGGCUGUUAUUCCCUACAUUCCCUUACUUGUUUUGAAGAGUAUAUAUUAAGGAGUCUAGAUUCACAUGUUGCGUGAAUGUUGCAGCUGUUGUCUUAAAGAAACCACAAUCAUAUGUUGAGUGAAUGUUGCAGCUGUUGUCUUAAAGAAACCACAAUCAUAUGUUGAGUGAAUGUUGCAGCUGUUGUCUUAAAGGAAUCACAAUCAUAUGUUGAGUGAAUGUUGCAACUGUUGUUUUAAAGAAACCACAAUCAUAUGUUGAGUGAAUGUUGCAGCUGUUGUUUUAAAGAAACCACAAUCAUAUGUUGAGUGAAUGUUGCAACUGUUGUUUUAAAGAAACCACAAUCAUAUGUUGAGUGAAUGUUGCAGCUGUUGUUUUAAUGAAAUCACAAUCAUAUGUUCAGUGAAUGUUACAGCUGUUUUUUAAAGAUACCACAAUCAUAUGCUGAGUGAAUGUGUCAGAUGUUUAUGUUAAGCAGACCGGAAUCACAUUUUGCGUGAAUGUUGCAGUUUUUUUAAAGGAACCACAAUCAUAAUAUGCUGAAUGAAUGUGUCAGAUGUUAGUUGUGUUAAACAAACCAUAACCAAAUGCUGAGUCAAUGUUUCAAAUACUGUUCAUGUUAAAUGAAUUCUGGAUGCAUUAAAUGCAAUUUAUUAAAGAAACAUGUUGAAUCAGUGGGUCCGGUUAAGUCAAAGAAACACACAUAUUGAGAGAAUGUAUCAAAUAUUGUUUAUUUUAAAGAAGCAUUUUCCGUGAAUGAGUCAUGUUAUUUGUGUUAAAGAAACAUGCUCAGUUAAUUUAUCACAUAUCCUUUAUGUCAAAGAAACAUGAUGCAUGAAUGCUUUAACUGUCUUAAAUGGCUAUGUUACAUAUAUUUCGUAAAGGGCGAUGUAACAUGUAUAUUAGUUACAAUAUAUACGUGAGUGUUAAACAUUAGUUACUGACCAUGGUCAAAGAAGACGUAUAUUUCAUUACACAUAUAAGUAUAAUUUUACUGUGCCACCGAUAUAUUUUGUAAGGUAUUAAGCAAAACAUUUAACUGUACCUUAGAAUCUGCGUGAUAUUUUUAUAUUUAUUUUAAAGAUAUCAUAGAUAAAUACUCACUGAUUAUAUGAGGGGUUGUACUGGUGGUGGUGGUAAGCGGGAGUAGGGGGGUAGAGCUAUAAAUGGGGGUGACGAUCUACCGCCAUUUACAUUCCAUUCAUUUGUGGUGUAUAUAUAUUUUCAGAGUGAAAGAAUGUAAUAUCUAAUUUAUCUAAUACCUGACUGAACUGUGCAAUAUGUAAAUUAUUUAUACUAUUAUGAUAUGCGUGGUGUCAGUGUUUGUUUUAGCUAAACUACCAUUGGUGUAUGUAAUACGUACUAUAUAUGUUGCGCUCAGAACCACUGAUGCUCAAACGUAUUGUGUUAUUGAUAUUGAGCAUUAAAUCAACAAUGAAAAUUAACAUUACCAUCUGUAAGUUUGUUUACUGAUUCAAUGAAUUAUGCCAAAUAUGGUGAGAACUUUUCGUUAGACAAUCAAUUUACCAAAAACAGUAAUGCAUAACAAACAUUAUCGUGCCCAUUAGUGACAUUUCUAUAAACAUAUCCAUCAAAUGUGUUGAUGUCAAGGGUUUCUUUUCCCUCAAAAUAUUUCAAAGCGUUUUUCACUAAAAUGGAGUUGAUUUUAAAUAUUUUUAAUCAUCACUUGAAGUACAAACGCUUUAUUGUUUUGACCAACAUUUGUUAAUUUAUUAUGAUAUUGUGUUUUAGUGUCACUUGUCGUUAAAGUGCAAGAUCAGUGGUGUUACUGAACGUUAAUUGCAAACAUCUGAUAGCUUGUUUGUUGUAUUUUGUAAUACUAUCCUUCAUCACACAUUUUGUUAUAAAGGGACAUUCCUAACUUUAAUGCCAUCGACAAACUAAGUUCCAAAACGUAGAUGGCUCCCCUUUUCCAUUCUAUCGACCGAUCGAAACUGCGACAAAUUUCCUUCAUUCAAACUGCGCACCUUUCUCCCUUUGGCAUUAAUCCUACGGGACAUUGUAAAUUCCAUAGCAUCCAAACCAACCGUCCGCCUGCUACCGACCCCGGUCGGGCUGCUGGUGCUUUCUUGCACCCAUCAGUGCAGGCGAUCCCUUCUCCCACCCACACCGACCUUUUCCUGCGCUAAAAGAGAUUGCUCUAUAUGUGCACGUUAAUCCCUAUAACAUAACAUAACAUAACAUAACAUUCAAUGCCAUUGUUACAUGUUCCCCGCUUAUAAGGUAUCCUGAAAGAAAGGUGUAGAUUAAUGACAGCUCAAGUGAUUUUAAACUAUGGUUAUUUUGGUAUUUAACGAGAGAGAGAGAGAGAGAGAGAGAGAGAGAGAGAGAGAGAGAGAGAGAGAGAGAGAGAGAGAGAGAGAGAGACAGAGAGAGAGAGAGAGAGAGAAUCAGCUGCCACCUCGCAGACUACUGCCAAAAAACUAGAAAUCGAUUUUAGUGCAUUGACAGGACAACACCUACCAUGGUAUUUGAUAUUCCAGUGGAGCGGUCCUGGCUGUGACGAUAAUAACCUAAUUCCAUUUAGGGCAGGUCGAUCCUAAUUUCAUUUAGGGCAGGUCAAUCCUAAACACCACUAAACCUCUUCGAAGUCUUGCAAACGUUUCACAGACUUUUUUCCUCGUGAUGUAUUGUCAAAGGGUCCGUAGACUUUGUUUCCGAGACAAAUGUUCUGUUUAGAGAAAGACCCUGAAACAAAAUAUGAAUUACCAAUCAGAAUACUUAAACAAAUCACAUGAUGGGCUGGCCACACGAUCUUGGUCAAAACACCGGGGCUAAUAGGUUUGACCUACAGCAGUGAGAUGUCGAAAACUAGUGUCUGAUGGUCGAAUGAUUCUGGAUUCAUCCGAAUGAAAUGAGUAACCAUCCGCUUAAUUCUUGAAGCAUAGCUAUUCCAGGGCCGUACCUAGAUAAAAAAAAAAAAAUGACGGGGAGGGGCAGGACAGUAAAAAAUAGAACCAAGGAAUAGACGGUCUUCCCUAGCUAGACGACAGGGGUACUUUACACUAAACAUGGCACUUAUUAAUAUUAUAAUAUUGCCCUCUUCUACCCACUAGAUACAGCUCUCAAUUUUAUUAAAUUACUAUAGGCUAUAUGUGUCUGCCAUUAUGCAAAGACUUUGAUGGUAGUGUUUUUGAAACAAAGUCUCACAAAAUCUUGGAGACUUUUUUCCGAAACUUGAACGAUGUAGGACUAUCGUAGACGUAAGAUGACGGAUUUACAGACCGCCCUGACUUCUUAACGACGACAAUUACAUAUCAGUGAAUGCAAUAUUUACAACAGGCGAUGAGCAUCACUGGCGCCAAGCUUACCCCGAAUCGCCGGGUCAUCUGUCGUUAGCCCUCGGUCCAUCAUUCACGCCUCACCGCUCGUUUUAGAGGCAGACGAUAACUCGACAGCCAAGAUCAUAAAUGCCAGGAGAUCAUUUCUGGCGAUUUGCGGAACCAAUUGAAUAUAUUUUGACACUUUUUUCAUCAUGUCUCGAUUAUAUGGUAUUUCCAUCCAAAUUGUAUAAAAGGCAGUUUUAACUAAUCAGCACAGUUUCACUUUAUUAUAUGCUUGGUGUAAACAAAAAGGCAGUUUUAACUAAUCAGCACAGUUUCACUUUAUUAUAUGCUUGGUGUAAACAAAAAUUCAUAGUUAUAAUGACAUUAUGCUUUUUAAAAAAAUCCUUCAACAAUUUACAUAAUUAUAUGUAUUACACGUGUGUAAAUAAAGGUAACAACACUGUUUGUUUUGAAAAUGUUCAUUAAAUAGGUAUGCAAUAAAUAUAAUAUUGUGAAUUUUAGGUAUAGUCAAGGGAAAUAACUGUCGGAUGGAGGAACAAAUCGUGGAUCGAUUAGAGCAUUACGAUUGGUGGCAAACUUGUCAUCGGGCCGACGAUUGGUGGCAAACUUGUCAUCGGGACGAUUGGAGGCAAACUUGUCAUCGGGCCGGUGAUUGGUGGCAAACUUGACAUCGGGCCGACGAUUGGUGGCAAACUUGACAUCGGGCCGACGAUUGGUGGCAAACUUGACAUCGGGCCGACGAUUGGUGGCAAACUUGUCAUCGGGACGAUUGGAGGCAAACUUGUCAUCGGGCCGGCGAUUGGUGACAAACUUGACAUCGGGCCGACGAUUGGUGGCAAACUUGUCGUCGGCCGGCGAUUCGGGGCAUGUCGCUUAUUGCUUUCUCUUAUUACUUAAUGUGAAUUGUCAUUUACAAUUUCUGAGAAGUUCAAAGUUUAUAUAUACGAUUCUGGACCUCCUGAUAUUUUUUUAGCAUUACAGAAUGAUUUUACCUUUCAAAACAUCGUGCAUGUUAUACAAAAAUAAGUUCGGGGGUAAAUCCUGUUUCAGCUUACCGAGAUCAUUAGAACGUCAGGACACAUACCAGAUAUACAGACAUUGAUAUUGUAAGAAAAUAUAACAUGUAAUGUUAAUAGUUUAAAAUUUCCGCUGCCCAUAAAUUUGUUAAAAUGGCUACAAAGUCAGGAAUGUUCCUUUAAUGGUGUGUCUCACUGUGUUAUAAUGGUAUAAUUGUUAUAGGUUGUAGAUAUUUCCUUACAACUGUUAUGCUUUGUGUUGUCUCAAUUUGAUCAAAGUGCUAUUUGUAUGUUAUAACAUGUCGUUAUCGACCACCUGGUACUUGCCAAUAAAUACAUAUUUUGUGAUGAA